CUUAGAAACAUGACAGACCUACACACCCGCCAGUUCUCCCACGUCGGAGGCACCUCCUCCCAGCUCCUCGACCGUCUCGCUGUCUCUGAGCUCUGCAAAGGCUGGCCGGUCUACCGCGACGCAAGCGAAUGGCUAAACUAUCGCUCCCUCUUCACCAAGGAUGCCUACGUCUGGACCAGUGCGUUGAGCCAUAAACCCCCUUUUAUGAUGCCACCACUCUCACAAAUAUCUUGUCUUCUAAGCUGACAACACAUCGCAUGUCACAGCUUGGAGCGGCGCACAGCCUAUCGACGACUUCAUCCGCAUAUCAAUCGCCGGAAAGUCAUCGGGAGCCUUCAUCAUGCAUCGCGAAUGCGGCACUCUCGUCGAGCUGAACCAGGAGACGAACCGCGCCGUGGGCAAGAUGAAGGCCACCAUCACCCAGCGCUUCAAGCACCCUGAAUGCUACGAGUACGACGUCGACUGCGACUGUCGGUUCCUCUUCUUCUACGAGAAGGCGAAGGAAGAAAGUGGUGAUGAACAGAGAAAUUGGAAAGUUGCGUACGUCAAGCUUGUCUACGAAAAGGACAAGAUUGUUGCCGUGGACGGUACCAGGGCACCUAUCUUUGCGGACGAAGUGUUGGCUAGGUAUCCUGAGGGAUACAAGUACCUCGGAGCUGCGCAGAGUACUUUGGGAUACGAGAUUGAUGCCAAGCUUGUCACAGGAGGGGAUGUGAGGGUCUGCCGCAAGAUGUAUCAGAGUAUAGAGAGGUGGUUGGAGGGGGAAGAUGGUCCUGUUGGUCUUUUCGAGACUUGAGGAAUUUCUGGCCACAAGAAGCAAGUAUUAUACUAGCAUCACUCAAACUCGGGUUGAGGCCUGGGGCCAUGUCUUUCUCGCCAGCAGGUUGGCCUCUGGAUUUCAGCCUGAAAGAAACCACCAUUGAUAGAACCUACUAGGUAUGAACAAAAUAGCGAAUAUGGAAUAGCCGUCAGAGGAACCAGGUUCCGAUAGAGAACAUUCACAUGCCAUGAGAUAACACAUCAUCCUACAUGAUGAGAUGGAGUGAGGUCGUUGAAAUAGUGCAAGAUGUCUGCACAUCUCUCCACAAGGCGUGCAUAAUAUUUCAUAGC